AUGGGACGGCGCAAGAUCGCAAUUGAGCCUAUCACGCAGGAUAGGAACCGGACAGUGACGUUCAUCAAGCGCAAGGCGGGGCUGUUCAAGAAGGCGCACGAGCUGGCGGUGCUGUGCCAGGUGGACGUGUCGGUGAUCAUCCUGGGCAACAACAACACGUUCUACGAGUUCUCGUCGGUGGACACGGAGGACCUGCUGCGGCACUACCGGCGCGAGGACCUGCCGCACGACGUGAAGACGCCGGCGGACUACGGGAAGUACACGAAGAAGGCGAAGGUGGUGCUGAACGAGCGGCGGCGGCGCAAGCAGGCGAAGUUCGCGGGGGAGGAGCGGGCGAAGAGCGAGGGCGAGGAGGAGGAGGAGGAGGAGGAGCGGGCGGCGACGCCGGAGGCGAAGGGCGCGCGCGCGGACGGCGAGCCGUACGCGAAGCGGUUCAAGGCGGAGGCGCCGAAGUUCAACCCGCUGCAGCAGCACGUGCAGCGGCAGUUCCACAACCUGUACAGCGCGGCGGCGACGUUCAUCGACGCGCAGGAGCCGGAGCCGGCGCGGCAGGACGCGCCGGCGGCGGCGCAGACAGCACAGCCGGCGGAGGCGCCGCAGCCGCCGCAGCCGCAGCGAUCGCAGCACCCGAGCAUGCAUCCGCCGUUCCAGAAGCCGUUCCACCCGUACCACGCCUCGGGGCAGGCGCCGGCGCACGACUCCUCGGGCGCGCGGGGGGCGCUGCCCGCGCGGCGCGAGCCGUGUCUGCUGAACGCGGGCCCUGCGCCGGAGCCGGCGGCGUCGCCGUCGGCGCCGAUGGGCACGGCGAAGCAGGCGACGCGACCGGUGCUGCGCGUGCAGAUCCCGACGAGCAACUCGACGGGCUCCAUCAAGAGCCAGCCGUCCUCCCACUCCAGCAACGACACGAUAGACCACCCGAAGCAGUCGCAGUUCACCAAAAAUGGGCAGCUGGAGCUGCCGAACCCGUCCGGCUCUCGGAACGACACACCCAUGUCUGCCACGGCACCAGGCGUCCCCGGCAGCCCGCUGGUGGCCGAGCGGCCGCGGAACAUGGACCCCAUGCAGUCGGUGGGCACCGGCCUCCUGUACAACGCGCUGCCGUCUGCGAUCGCAGGCUCCCCCUCCAUACAACAGUACUUUGCAACGCCGCUGCAGCCCGUAGCUGGUGCACCGAACAUUAUCACCGCCUCCCAGAACGCUCCGUUCCAGGCCAUCCAGCGCCAGCUGCAGUCUGUCCGACGGCCGGGCCAGAACGAGCCGUGCGGGGGGCCGAUGUCCGGCACGCUGCCCUCGAAGUACGUCAAUGACCUCAUGGUAGCGUCUCCGAACGGCUCUAUGGCCAUGUUCCAGGAGUGGCCCUUCAAUCGGCCAGCCCCGAACGCAUCAGCGGCCGCCGCUAACCCCCUGCCGUCGGCUCUGAAUAAUAACGGGAGCAGCGGUCUGACACCGUACAUCAACGGCAACGCACAAACACCGCUCGGCGCGCGCUACUUCAAUUUCCCAAAUGACACUCAGAGCGAGGAGAAGCCCUCCGAGGAGAAAAGCUGA